AUGUUUAGGUUCGAUCGUCAGGGUGGAGCUGGGGUCGUCAGGGUGGAGCCAGGGUCGUCAGGGUGGAGCCAGGGUUGCCAGGGUGGAGCCAGGGUCGUCAGGGUGGAGCCAGGGUCGUCAGGGUGGAGCCAGGGUCGCCAGGGUGGAGCCAGAGUCGUCAGGGUGGAGCCAGGGUCGUCAGGGUGGAGCCAGGGUCGUCAGGGUGGAGCCAGGGUUGCCAGGGUGGAGCCAGGGUCGUCAGGGUGGAGCCAGGGUCGUCAGGGUGGAGCCAGGGUCGUCAGGGUGGAGCCAGGGUCGUCAGGGUGGAACCAGGGUCGUCAGGGUGGAGCCAGGGUCGUCAGGGUGGAGCCAGGGUCGUCAGGGUGGAGCCAGGGUCGUCAGGGUGGAGCCAGGGUUGCCAGGGUGGAGCCAGGGUCGUCAGGGUGGAGCCAGGGUCGUCAGGGUGGAGCCAGGGUCGCCAGGGUGGAGCCAGAGUCGCCAGGGUGGAGCCAGGUGCAACAAGUCAUUCGAGAGAAGCGUAAAUCAAAGAGAAACUCGGUUUAA